UUUCAAGGCCUAAGUUGAUUCAUUUCUUGUCUUCGCAGAGGGGUUUGCUUCAAAGCUCUGAACCAGAGCAAAAGCUGGCAACAUGGCGUCCCCAAGAAACGAAGCCCCAUAUAAAAUAUCGACACCCGCCCCGCCUCGCCACUAUAGCUCCACCCUUCCCGGGACUCCACAAGCAUAUAGAGAACCAUCACCAGCAUCUUCGCUCGGGGACUCAUCUACUUUCUCUGGCUCUUCGAGAUCUUCACGAUCCCGUUCCCGUUCCAGAUCUCACUCGCGAGAGCCUCGACACUCAAGCCGCCGCCGACACUCCUACUCUCCAGAUCGCUCCCGUCGCAGCUCGUCUCAGAAAGAUGAGAAGCCUUGGUUCAAGAAGAAAACGCUAUGGACGACAGUUGCCUCUCUCGCAACUGUAGCUUCGCUUCUCCCGACGGCCGUUGCAGCCAACGCUUCUGUCAAUGCAUCAAAGGCAUCAGCAAAGAGUGCGCAUCACAGCAAGCGUAGCGCUAAUGCUGUUGAGAGAGGGACGCAUGCUAGUUUUCGGAGUGCCAAGGCUGGGGAGAGAAGUGCUGCUGUGGCGGAGAGGAAUGCAAGGAAGGAGGAGGGGAAGAGGGGAAGAAGUUCGGAAUAUGGUGGGAGUCUGGUUGCUCACAGAGGGAGUACUGUUGGAGCAAGAAGUGGAGGUGGUAGACGAGACUCUGGAGGGCGAGGAUAUGGUUAUAGAUAUUGAU